AUGACGGUGAAAAGUUUCAGGCAGAAGACGAAUACGUCGAAAGCUCCUACGGACGAAGCGACGGCGGAGCUCGAAUACUGGGCCUCAGUUGGAGAUAGCAAACCACUCUAUGGAGCUGACGUGGAUGCAUCACUCCUCCACAAAGACUCUGAGAGCUUCAACUUGAGAAACCUCGGUACGAUCCUGGAUCUAGAAGAAAAGACCAUACUGGGGGUCACGACCCCUUACUUGUAUUUCGGGACUUGGCUGUCCACCUUCCCCUGGCACGUCGAGGAUAAAAACCUCUACUCGAUCAAUUUCCUACAUCAAGGGGAGGCGAAGUUCUGGUAUGGUGUUUCGGCAGGCUUCGGAAAAAGAUUCGAGCAAGUUGUCUCCAAGCUCCUACCGGACCAGCACGAAAACUGUGCCGCGUUCCUGCGGCACAAAUCGACCGUGAUAGCUCCCGAAAUCCUGGAAGCAAGGGGGAUCCCUGUCGUCAGGGCCUGCCAGAGGCAGGGUGAGUUCGUGAUCACGUUCUCAGGAGGCUACCACAGCGGCUUCAACUUCGGCCCCAACAUUACAGAGGCCAUCAAUUUCGCUUCCAGAGCUUGGAUCCCGCGAGGGAUCAGAGCCCAUGAG